AUGCUGGGACCUUCAACUUCGAGUGAAAGAUCGACGGUAGCUACAAAUAAUCAUAGGAUUCAUCCACAACACCAACAGGUUCACCCUCAUCAACAUGAGCUUGCUAGACAGCCAGAUUAUAAUCAAGCAGCGGUAGCAGUUGCAGCGGCAUCGGGGAUGAUGGCGCCAGGAGCGCAUCCAGACGAUGGGAGUCAGUUUCAUCCACACCAGCACCAUUAUAAUGCGGCAGCGCACUUUCAACAGCAACAAGUGCAACAGGCACAACAAGCGCAGUUGCAGCAAUAUCAGAUGUUGCAGCAGCAACAGCAGCAGUUCCAGCAACAGCAGCAACAGAUGCAGGCCCCACACCAUCAGAUGGCGGCCCAGCACCACAUACAGCCACCAUUACAGCAGCAUGCGAUGCACCAGGGCCAAAUGCACGAGCCGGUGGGCCAAGUGGUGGGCCAGUCGGUGGGACAGGCCGUGGGUGGACCUCAUGUAGGAGGCGAGUUUGACGGGGGUCAAUAUCUUACGUCAAAGUUCAUGGAAAACGAGAUUAUCAAGACAUUUCCUAGCAAGCCCGAAUUAGUGAAGUUUGUGAAGAACGUGCUUAACGACGAGGAACAGUGUAAGAUUGUGAUCAAUUCGUCGAAGCCAAAGGCGGUCUAUUUCCAGUGUGAAAGGUCUGGAUCGUUCAGGACAACUGUCAAGGACUCCACCAAGAGACAGAGAGUUGCGUACACCAAGAGAAACAAGUGUGGUUACCGGUUGGUAGCCAACUUGUAUCCUCCCGAGAAAGACAAGAAGAGAGCUAAGAAACCAGAGGAUGAUGCCCUUGACAAAGACAUAGACGAUAAGCUCAACGAAUUCCAGAAUCAGAACCCUAUGGCCGGCAACACCAAUGAAAUAUGGAUUUUGAGAAUGAUCCACCCCCAACACAAUCACCCACCUGAGCCUAACGUGAACUCUUCCAAUAAGAAAAAGAGGUCUAAAUACACUAGGACGUUGGUGGAGAAGCCUUUGAACCGUGGAAACUCCAACCCGGUGAAUAACUUCAAUCCAAACGACAUAGUCACUCAUCAACACCAACACCCACAUCAACAAGUCCAUGUACCUCAUCCACAUGUGCAUCCACAUCAUCAUGAAGCUGCACAUACGCCUUCAGUACAAGACCCAGCGGUGAUUGCAGCAAUGGAAGCUACUCCAAAUACAGAUGCAGCAGAAGCAGCCGUUGCUGCUGCUGCUGCCAUGCACCACCAACAUCCUCCGGUGGACCCAAAUAUCGACCCUAAUGUCGACCCAAGUGUACAGGAACAUGAUCAUUCUCAUGGUACCUUACGAUAA